AUGGAGGAAGAGGAGGGCUCAGGGCGAGCUAUGGUGAGCAGAGCGUGGGUCUGUCAGUGCUUCUGUGUUUGCCACAGCCGAUUCGUCCUCUUCAAUAUGUCCUGUAGGUACUACUGUUGGCUGUCUCUCACACUCUCACUGGAUUGUGUGUAUGUAUGUCUGUGUUAUAAUCGUGACAUAGGAUGUGUGUGUAUAUGUGUUAAAAUUGUGGCAUGGUCUGUGUGUGAGAGAAAAAGAGGGAGAGAGGUGUUUUCAGGUGACUGAGUGUUGUGGAUAUUAGUAGUUUGUGGACAUUCAUUUCAUUUUGAUUGGGUUUGAGGUUGUGCGUUUGUUGGGCAAGAUCUGUUUGGUGCUGUGAGUACUAGUAAUGUGUGUGUGUGUGUGUGUGUGUGUGUGUGUUUGUUGUUAUGUGAGUGCUGAAGGAUAUCAGAUAGCUGUUAUCAUGUUGGGUUGUUGUGGAUACUGGGAUUAUGAAAAUGUAUGCACUCACUAACUGUAAGUCGCUCUGGAUAAGAGCGUCUGCUAAAUGACUAAAAUGUAAAAUGUAAAUGAUGUGUGUUGUGUUGUGUUUGGCUGUUGUUAAUAUUGUUGGUAUGUUAUGGUGUGUUCCCUGUAGUUGAUUGGAUUUUCAGUAUGUGGAUGGUUGUGUUAGGAUGUAAACUGUUGUGUGUGUGUGUGUGUGUGUGUGUGUGUGUGUGUGUGUGUGUGUGUGUGUGUGUGUGUGUGCGCGGCGUGUGUGUGAUAACUAAUUAAUAACUAAUUAAUAACAGAUGAGGUAGCAGUAUGGAGCAGUAUGGAGAGUGUCUGGCCAGAGAUCGUGAGAGAUUGUGAGAGACCAUGAGUCAGGUUGCUUUGUUGUUGUGUGUUAUUUUGGGACACUGGCUGUAACUCGACCAACCACAGCCAUCAACAUCCUCUCUAACCAAUCACUGGUUGUUAUGGAGACACUUCCGACAGUAGUGAACAACAUAGGAGAUCGUAGGUCAUAAGUAAUGUGUCAAAUUCCAAGCCUUCAGGGCUAUAGAGUCUGUGUGAAGGUCCUGUCUGUACCUUUGGUUCAGGGCCCCCACAUUCCCAGUCAAACUGGUAACACUGUGAGACCCUCUCUCUUUUUGUAAAGUCACACAGGCAACACUUGGGCUAUGUAACUAGUCUCGCUAGACAUCCAGGCUGCCUCCCACAAUGUUUCAAUGUUCUGGCUUAACAUGUCUCUAUGUAAUAAAACGUCAGUUUGGCAUAGAGGAACUACGUCACUACCGUAUCCGUUUUAAUAAAAUACAAAAUAGUAGCUAGCAGGAUGGAGAUCACCAAGGUUAUUUCUAAUGAGUGCAUUUUGCAAAUGGCUACCCAGCAAACCAAAAGUGGUUCUGUGAAAGUUCCCAGAACAUUCGUUAGGUCGUGACAAAUCUUCUCAUAAGACUGUCCAAUCGUGCUGAUGAUUAUAGAACGUUUGUAUAAAACAUUUGCCUGAUGUUGCAAGAAUGUUCCUAGAACACAUUUAAUUUGUUCUGUAAAGGUUCCCCAGAAUGUUUAAUUAGGUUAUGGAAACAGUCUGGUGCGGACAUUGUGGGGACAUCACAAAAUAGAUGUUUCCAAACCACAAAAACUGUCCAGUUGUGCAGAUGAUUCUACAAUGUUUCUUUUAGGGUGCCAAAAACAUUCACCAGAUGUUACAAGAGCGUUCCCAGAACACAUGUUGUCUGUUCUUUAAAGGUUCCCAGAAUGUUUCAUUUGGUUGUGGUAACAGUAUAAUCAUUAGCACGACUGGAUAGUUUUUGUGUUAUGAGAACAUUUGCCACAACCUAAGGAAUGUUCUGGGAACUUUCACAGAACCAAUUUUGGUUUGCUGGGAAAACAUUGCUGGUAUAUUGUGCUAUUACAUUACCCGGAAACCUAAUGAGAACUUUUGGGGAAUGUUCUGUGGUGGUUGUCACAGAUGUUGUGCACCACAUUUUUGUGAAUGUUAGGAGAACAUUCCAAGGAUAUUUUUUUAUUUUUUAUUAUAAAACCCUAACUAGAACUUCAUGGGAAUCUUAGCUAAUGUUCUGGGAAUGUUCCAAGUCUGCUGGGUAGUUUGCAUCAACUACCUUCACAACUACCAAACUGGUUUCGAAACGCGACGUUCUUGCAUGUCUGACUUGUGAUUUGUUGAGAGCAUUGUCUGUCUGAACAUUAUUCUUUUUUUAUUAUCAAAGUUAAGAAGAAAGUCUAUCAUAUCUACCAGACCCUAGUCACUUCUGUUGCCUAGGGUCAGGUUUACGAGACUACUAUGUAACAGGAGUAUGUGUGUGUGAUGUAAGAGAGAGUGAGUGACAGCUGUGAUGCAGGUGGGAGUGGUCUACGCCUCUCACCUUUCAGGUGGAUAAGAGACACACACUGGGGUCUGGGGCCCUCUUCCCCCCUCUCUCUCUCUUCCACCCAACUCUCCCUCUCUUUCUCUGUCUUUCUUUCUUUCUCUUUCCCUCUCUCUUUCCCUCUCUCUCUCUGUCUUGUCUAGCACCAAGAUAAACAAUAAAGCACUAACAAUUGGUAACAAAUAUCUCUGUCUUUUCUCCCGUUCUCUCCCUUCCUUCCCUCCACUCCUCCCAGGCCCAUCGGUCCAGCGCCAAGUCCAGAAUGGACCCACUACAGACGAGAUGGAGGUGCAGAGAGCAAGGUAAGGCAUCGAGGUACCCCGCAACAACCACACAACAAGCACACGAGACACAACAUUCACAAAGCACCCACACGACAUCCACAUUGACACAACAUUCACACAACAUCCACGCAACAUUGACACAAUGUUUUCCACAGAGAGGAUCACUGCAGUUCCAGUAAUGAGGUUGUAUAGUUUAUUAUUGGAUGUCAGCAUGGCUAAGACAGGAAAUACAUCAGACACAACAUUCACUGAACUUCCCUGAAAUAUUUCCCAACGAGAGGAUUAGAUCAGUAAUCACACUGUGUUGUCUGUGAGUCUGUCAGCAAAGACUGUACAAUAUAGAACGGUCUGUCACGCAGGACUCAGUCUGCUAACAGGCAGCAGCCCUGCCCACAUGACCCCCAGCCAGACAUCUGUCCUCAUCAACCUUUUAUUCCUCUCCUCCCUCUGUUCUCGCUCUCCCUCUGUCUCCUCACAGGAUUAACAGACAGGAGGGAGAGAGCGAGAGAGUCUGACAGAGAGAGCGCGAGUAAAAGAGGGAAAGAGAACGAUAGAGUUGUAAUGACAGCUAAACACAGGAAGUACUUAUUUCUGCUAAAUCAUGGUAGGCAGAUUGUGGAGAAUAGAUGUUAAUAGCAGAUGUGUGCUUGAGAUUAUGCUCCAGGACUUUUAGAUUGCACAAUAGCACCUAUUCAGAGAGGGACAGUAACACAAGCUGUUUCUGCUAUCUAUCUUUAUCUCUACGCCCCCAGGGAAUUACACAAGCCUUUGUUGCCUGAGCUAUUUCUGCUCUGCUUAUCGUUUCAUCUCAAUUCCAAAUGCCAAAGCAGAAACAGAACAAAUAUGAUUGUAUUAUGGAUAUCUGAUCACCUCUCAGUGGAGAGGACACCUCUGAAGCGCUCACUAGUGGUAAAAGGCAGGAUUGCAGCACUGUGCCGUGUGGAAAUCAAAAUAUCAGGUGCUUGUGUGUUUGUGUGUGUGUGUGCAAGUGUGUUCGUGUGUGUGUGGAGCCCCCUCCAGUGGUAACAGUCAGUGUAACAGUAUGUAUCUCCCAGUCCUGUGGCUGCUGGGUCAGCACAUCUCCUCUUCAACACUACACGCAGCUGGAAAAUUCCACUUCCUCUCUGUGUGCUCUCUCUCUCACUAUCUCUUUUUAUAAUAUAUUAAUUAUUUUCUCUCUCUAUUGUCAAUUCAAUCUCAAUUCAGUUCAGAGGGCUUUAUUGGCAUGGGAAACAUAUGUUUACAUUGCCAAAGCAAGUGAAAUAAAGAAUCAGAAAUGAACAGCAAACAUUACACUCACAAAAGUUUCAAAAGAAUACAGACAUUUCAAAUGUUAUAUUGUGGGUAUAUACAGUGUUGUAACAAUGUGCAAGUAGUUGAAGUACAAAAGGGAACAUAAAUAUGGGUUGUAUUUACAAUGGUGUUUGUGCUUCACUGGUUGCCCUUUUCUUGUGGCAACAGGUCACAAAUCAUGCUGCUGUGAUGGCACAUAAAAUGUUAUUUUAUUUUGUAUUCUUUGUGGGUCUGUGUAAUUAGAGGGAAAUAUGUGUCUCUAAUAUGUAUUUCUGUUUCUCUCUGCCCAGAGCUCUAACAUAUGCUUCUCACAUCAGAGGGGGAGAGGGGAGAGGGGAAGAGAGGGAGGGGGAGAUAGAGAAAGAGGAAGAGGAAGAGAGGGGGUAAAGGAGAGAGAGGGGGAAGAGAGAGGUGGGGGUGAGAAGGAGAAAGGGGGGAGAAGCUCAUAAAGCCUGCAGCAUAGUGAACAGCAGGGAGAGUAUCUCUCUUGUCAUGGAAGUUAAUAGCACUACUUGUCCAUGUACUGCACAUAAGCAGACAUACAGGCUACUUACACUGUGUGUACAAAACAUUAGGAACACCUGCUCUUUCCAUGACAUAGACUGACCAGGUGAAUUCAGGUGAAAGCUAUGAUCCCCUAUUGAUGUCAACUGUUAAAUACACUUCAAUCAGUGUAGAUGAAGGGUAGGAGACAGGUUAAAGAAGGAUUUUUAAGCCUUGAGACAAUUGAGACAUGGAUUGUGUAUGUGUGCCAUUCAGAGGGUGAAUGGGCAAGACAAAAGAUUUAAGUGCCUUUGAACGUGGUGUGGUAGUAGGUGCCAGGCGCAGCAGUUAGAGUGUGUCAAGAACUGCAACGCUGCUGGGUUUUUCACGCAUGUAUCAAGAAUGGUCCACCACCCAAAGGACAUCCAGCCAACUUGACACAACUGUGGGAAGUUUUGGAGUCAACAUGGGCCAGCGUACCUGUGGAACGCUUUCGACACCUUGUAGUCCAUGCCCCGACGAAUUGAGGCUGUUCUGAAGGCAAAAGGGUGUGCAACUCAAUAUUAGGAAGGUAUUCCUAAUGUUUUGUACACUCCGUGUAUACCAUAUGCCAUCAUUUUACCAGACCUUGGACAGCUGGAGAACUGUAGAGCUGUAGGACUGUAGGCUAACUGACUGUGGUAUAUUUAAGCAAUAAGGCCCGAGGAGGUUUGGUAUAUGGCCAGUAUACCACGGCUAAGGGCUGUUCUUAGGCACGACGCAACGCAACUUGGACACAGCCCUUAGCCAUGGUAUAUUGCCCAUAUACAAACCCCAGAGGAGCCUUAUUGCUAUUAUAAACUGCUUACCAACGUAAUUAGAGCUGUAAAACUAAACGUUUUGUCAUACCCGUGGUAUACAGUCUGAUAUAGCAUGGCUUUCAGCCAAUCAGAAUUCAGGGCUCAAACCACCCAUUUUAUAAUUAAGCAAUAAGGCCCGAGGGGGUGUGGUAUAUGGCCAAUAUACCACGGCUAAGGGCUGUUCUUAAGCACGACGCAACGUGGAGUGCCUGGAUACAGCCCUUAGCCGUGGUAUAUUGGCCAUAUAUCACAAACCCCCAAGGUGCCUUAUUGCUAUUAUAAACUGGUUACCAACGUAAUUAGAACAGUAAAAAUAAAUGUUUGUCAUACCCCUGGUAUACGGUCUGAUAUACCACGGCUUUCAGCCAAUCAGCAUUCAAGGCUCGAACCACCCAGUUUAUAAAUACAAUUGAAGGACUGUUGGCUGUAUGACUCACUGACUGUGUGUCAAAUGUCCCUGCUCUAUGGGGCAAUAGGGCUCUAAGGCUUUCUGCCUGUCUGUCUAUCUCACUGACUGUGCUAUGACAGGCAUAAAAUGGAGGUGGACUGACUGACUGACGGUGUGUCUGCUGUCUCCUCAGGCAGAUGAUGGAGCAACAGCAGAUGCAGGCCCACAUGGAGAGGGAACGACGAUCCUCGAACCCAGGUGAGGAAACGCUGAACUCAACCUACUGAACAGUCAAAUUAAAAUGUAAAAAAAAAAUUAAAGUCGCCUUUACAGUUUGGCAUUAUCAAGUGUCUCAAGUGCCUGAUGAGAAUGCAUAUUCACUUUCAAAUUCAGGCACUAUGUGACACUAUAAAGAAUGUCUUAUUUUCUCUCUCUUUUCUUUCUCUCUCCCUCUUUCUCUCUCCCUCUCUCAAUUUCACCAGGCUCUCCUUUCCCAGGCCACCCCGGUGUGCUUUCAGUAGCCCCCCCAGCCCCCAUGCCGCCCCCCAUGUCCAUGGGCUCCUCUUUAGGUGGAGGCCCCCCCUCCCUGGGUGCCCCUAUGCCUCCUCCCCCUCCCGGCCCCCCUCCCCCCUCGGCAGGGGCUCCCCCACCCCCCCUGCCUCCUCCGCUGCCCAUGGGUGGAGGUGGACAGGGUGAGGAGGCUCCCGCCCCGACGGGACUCGCCGCCAUGAUCGCUGGAGCCAAACUGCGCCGCGUCAAUAGAGUAAGAAUCACACUAAUCACCUAUGUUACAUGACAUAAAAUAAUACAUGGACUUACCCUCUAUGAUCUAUAGACAGACAAUCUAUCAAUACCUUCAUAGACAUGGGGAUGUAAGAGCAUCCUAUGAGGGUUUAUAAAGAUGUAAUGAGCUUUAUAGUAGUAACGCACAGGCAAACAUACUGCGUGUGUAUCUCAAAAGUCUAAAGUGACCUCCUCUCCUCCUCUGCUUCUUUCCUUCAUCUGCACUGAUCUCAUAACAGAGGAUGGGUGAAAGCACACUGUUCACCAAGCCCAGCUCUUUCAUAUCAGUGGAGCUGAACUAGGAAAGGAAGCCACUUUAGACCGCUAUCUUGUGCUCCACCUCUUACAACUAGGUGACGUAACGCACACUCCGUCCUAUCCUCACCUAACAUACCGUGUGUGUCUUCCUUCUCUCUCGAGCCUGAGGAUUCUAACUCUUCAGGAUCGGGGGCCAAAAACGAUGCCAACAGGACGAGUGGCGGCAGCGGAGGACUGAUGGAGGAAAUGAAUGCUCUGCUGGCGCGGAGGUCAGAGCAUAGAGUUAGGAACACUUGAACAGACAUUCCUAUUCAGAGCAUUGUAAAACCACCACAACAGACUUUUCUAUUCAACAUCAUGUCCUGUCAUAUGUGGAGUGGGCCGGCAGCCAUAUUGAAUGCACUACUUUGAUAUCAAACUGAAUGAGGGCCUGAUUUGAGGCUUCUUCUUGCCCCCAGAAGGAAAGCAGCGUCAGAGAAGCCUGAAGACAGCCAAAACGUGAGUGAUGCUAACUGAUGAUACAACAGUGACUUAUGACUCUUUUCAUCAUUAAAUGAAUGGCUCACUUCUCCUUAGUUGACCUCAACAUCUUCCUCCUGUUGUUUUUCAGGAUGACCCCAACGGAUCCCCUUCACCCAGCACCAGGGGUGGACAGAACGCCACAGGUACUACAGUCAUACACACUAUAUACAAUAUAUACAGUACAAAAACAACACAAUAUAUACUGUACUACACAAGAACAACACAAUAUAAACUAUAUAGAUACAAUACAAUUGACAUGUUGAGGUAAUGUUUUUCCUCACCUGACCCCUGACCCCUGUCUUCUCUUCUCCUUCCCUCUCAGAUGGAGUGAAGAAGCCAUGGGACAGAGCCAACUCUGCCGAAAGGUCAUCACUAGUAUCAAGGUGAGAAGCUGAGGGGCUCAGUCAGUCUUCCAACAUAAGUCUCAUAAUUAGGUUAUGUAAUCAAGGGAUUGGCUGGUUAACUGUAUAAAGGACUGUACACGUUUCCCUCUGUACACUUAAUGCCUUAUAUGUGCACCUAUUUUUCUCUUGCAUGUUCGCUCUCUGUGCAUUUGUCAAAUAAAUAUAUUGAAAUACCAGAGAUGUUAUGAAAUGUAUAAGUGUGAGUGUUUUACUUUUCUGUAGGGUACGACCUGUGGGGAGUAGCAGCGACACAGACGCCUUAGACUUUGACAGAAUGAAGCAGGUAAGGUGCCCUAUAGUCAGGCAGUGGCACAUACGCUUUGUAAAUCUGAAAACGUAUCAUACCUGUUCUGAUUAACUUUUUUGUACUUGAAACAGGAAAUCUUGGAGGAAGUUGUUCGUGAAUUGCACAAGGUGAAGGAUGAGAUCAUUGAUGGUACGUUAUCUCUCUGAGUUCCUCACUCACCUCAUCAGAGAAUGUCUGGAUGGGAAAUUGACUGUAGUUUACUACACAUAUGUUUGUAACUGAUCAAAUGUGCUUGUUAUUGUUAGAGAGGGAGAAGUGAGACAUAUUAUCCACCAGAUGGCAUCAGAAACAGAUAAACUGAAACUAAUAAUGCUAAUAUACUAUUGUUGGGCUUUGACAGGACAGCACAUUUUAUGCCUAUGACAUGACCUGUAACACUCCUCUUGUGUGUCACUUCUCUCUUCCAGCCAUUAGACAAGAACUGAGCAGAAUCAGCACGACAUAAUCUUUCAUGUGACCCCAGAUUUUGGAACCAUCAUCCCCACGGCAACUACUGUCGCGUCUGAAGAAUGAAAGGAGAGGAUCAAGGCCCGAACUACGACCUUUUAUUUAUUUUACGUUGCUGUGAUGUUGUAGCAACGUGACAAUGUUGCUGUAACACUACAGGAAUGUUACGUUUGGUUUGGAAGAAUAGGAUGGAUGGAGGACACUAGCACUGAUUUUCUCUGUUUCUUUGGUUUAGGUUUUCUCUCGCUUUCUUUCUUUCUUUCUUUCUGU